AUGGCGUUUCUGUUCGGGAGGAACCGCCAGCGCUCUGUACAAGACAUAGUCCGAUCGACAAAGGAGCUGCUCCAGAGGUUGGAGAAAGAAGAAGUGCCGUCUCCAAAGACGGAAGAGGACAUUGCGCGCAACAUCACGCAGAUGAAGGUCACAUUACAGGGGACGCCAGAAUUGGAAGCUACGCCGGAGCAAGUGCACCAGCUCGUCAACUAUAUACUGGCUGAGGGCAUCCUACCAAUACUCGUCGACAACAUACACCGUCUUCCGUUCGAAUCUAGGAAGGACACGCAGACGGUCAUCUCUAACGUCUUCCGGUUUAGAACCCCGGGAUCCACGUCGCCGGAGCCUGAUGCGUUGAAGGAGGUUAUAAGGAGACAGCCCGACAUCAUCAUUGCGCUGUGCAAAGGUUACGAGCGGAGGGAAAGUGCGAGCCCGUGCGGCGGCAUCCUGAAGGAAGCUUUGAAGUGGGAUGCUGUAGCAGCGGUCAUACUUUACGACGAACCAACGGAAGGCGGCAAACGAAUAGAUAUAUACAGCGACAUCGACGUUACCAAGCAGAGCAGCGGCAAGGGCGUGUUCUGGAGAUUCUUUGAUUGGAUUGACAAGUCGAGCUUCGAAGUCAGCGCGGACGCUUUUGACUGUUUCCGAGUCAUCCUUACCAAGCACAAACCGCUCGUGAGCCAAUACAUCGGCACGAACUUCAACCUCUUCUUCGACAAAUACAACAAUAUCCUCAUCAAAAGCGAAAGCUACGUCACGAAACGACAGUCGCUAAAGCUGCUCGGCGAAGUACUCCUCGACCGGCAAUUCUACGAAGUUAUGACCCGCUAUGUCGACUCGGGUGAGAAUCUCAAGCUCAUCAUGUACCAGCUCAAAGAUGAUAGAAGAAUGGUACAGUACGAAGCCUUCCAUGUCUUUAAGAUCUUCGCAGCGAACCCGAAUAAAAGCUACGAGGUGUCGAAGUUCUUGGUCAUGAAUAAGCAGCGCUUGUUGAAGUUCUUGCCGAAGUUCUUGGAAGAGCGGACGGAGGACGAGCAGUUCAAUGAUGAGAAAGCGUGGCUGGUGAAGGCUGUUGGCAAUCUGCCUGACACUACUGCAGCGUUACGACCCCCUGAUGGAGUACAGAAUCCGAUGCAGCAGCAACAGCCUCCCAGCGCACCGGUACGUUCAUGA